CUACACUCAAUCUCUUGCUUCAUUCCAAAACAGAGAUUUCUCCAUUUUUGCAGAAAAAGCCCAUAAAAGAAAACGGAAAACAAAGAAAAGAGAAGAAACGUUUGAGCUUUCUUAGCUUCAAGAUAUCCGAUCCCCUUCUUGUCUCAAAAUUUUACUACUGCUGCUGAGCUAGGGCUGCUGGUUAUAGUGUUUUGAGCUGAUUCAGUUGGAUUUCCUUCUAGCAAGUGAUAGUUGUUUUGAGUCUUGCUGACGACGAUGGGGGAUCAUUUUGUUUUGCUGGUUGAUCGGUUGCUCACUGAAUCCACUUUGGAGGCUGCAAUUGAAAGCCAAAACCGGUUGCUGCAGUCGGUACCCUUGAGAAAUGAUGACAUGGCUGUUGAUUGCACUUUGAAGGAUACUGGAGCUGAUUUGACUCCAAGGAAAAUGGUCGAGUGCAGGAUAUGCCAGGAUGAAGAUUGGGAUUCAAAUAUGGAGACCCCUUGCUCUUGUUGUGGCAGCUUGAAGUAUGCUCACAGACGAUGUGUACAGAGGUGGUGUAAUGAGAAGGGUGACACUGUAUGUGAGAUCUGCCACCAGCAUUUCAAGCCUGGUUAUACAGCACCACCACCUAUUUUUCGACUUGGGGGUAUUCCGAUGAACUUCAGAGGAAAUUGGGAAAUUGCCAGGAGGGACUUGAAUAAUCCCCGCCUUAUUGCAGUGGUUUCAACUGACCAAAAUCUCAUUGAUCCUGACUAUGAUGACUAUGCAGUGUCCAACUCAAGAAGCAUGAUGUGCUGCCGUUCCGUUGCUAUAAUCUUCAUGGUUCUUCUAAUUUUGCGGCAUACUCUUCCCGUCAUAGUAAAUCGAGCAGGGAACUAUACUCUUCCACUGAUAUUGUUACUACUUCUGAGAGUUGUCGGAAUCAUUUUGCCAAUAUACGUUAUAAUGAAAGCAGUGAUUGGAGUUCUUCGUCGCCGGCACAAUCGGGUUAAUGUAUCCCUCUCAUCGUCUUCUCUCUCUUCAUCUGAUGAAGAAGCUGGGUCGGCAACUUUGCAGCCUCAAAACGAUGAUGUCACACACGUUUGAUAGAUGGCCCUUUCCAGCUGCAAUUACCGCUAAGAUGCAACUUCGUUUAGCUGACUUCGGAUGUUAAUUCGGUUUCUCUUUGAAGCAGUAGAGUCUUUCAUGUAUUGCAGUCAGUGCGAGGUCCAAAAAGUGAUGAAGAGUAUCCUAAUAUUAAAGAGAAGACUAUCGAAAGGCUUGCCCUGAGGAUUAUGAAGUUUAAAUUGGUUAACAAACGUUGAUAGAAGGAUGAUUGAUGACAAGAAAGUCGCAGCCUUGCUGUGAACUGAUAUGCAGUAGUUGUUACUCGAGAAAGAGAUCAAGCACCCAAGACCCGUCAAGGUUCUGUCUAUAUAGGUCUUGAGGUGUGAAUUAGUUAAUACUUUUAGAUCCUGUUUUCAGAUUUUACGAACAGACAAAUGCCAAGAUAUGUAUAUAAGGUUUAAAAUUAUAGAAAAUCAUAAAGAAAUUUCAGGCUUCUGUCUCAAAACUUUGGUUUUGAAUAUUA